AUGGCUUCUUCUCCUUCGAAGCAAGAAAAGUGUCUGUACUGCAAACUAGCGGAAUCCGAUGACAUCGAUUGGGUUCAAUGCGAAGAAUGUCAGUAUUGGGCUCAUUUCUCGUGCGCAGGUGUUAACCAAGAAGUGGCGAACGUUAGUUGGCGUUGUCCGCGAUGCUCUCCGCAAAGCGCCCGGCGUCUUAAAGUUCCAGAGACUACGGCUAAGAAUCGCGGGAAGAAGUCCGCCCCGAAUAGCGAUGCAGGGUCCGAUCGUGGAGCUGGUUCCGUCUUAGACCUGACUGAGCAGCAGUUGGAAGAGGAACAGCUAGCAAUGGAGAUGGCCUUUGCAAAGCAGAUCGAGUUGCGGAAACAGCGUCUUGCUAAGCAGCAGGCUUGGAACGAGAGGCGGAUGAAGCUAGAGUGGGAGAUGCGCGAGCAGGAGCUACGAGCGCAGCGUGAAAUGGAGCAGCGGCAGCUAGAGCAUGAGCAGAAAAUGCUUGACUGCCAAUUGGCCGCAGAACGUGAAUUCUCGAAGAAGCGGGAUGCUAUUCGGAAACAGUUCGACGACAGCAUUAAUAAGGUCAACGCAUUGAAGGGCCAAUAUGGAGCUGUCAGCGGUGCUUCUGCCUCCAAACCGGAACAGAAGGUGGAUGACUGGAUGCUGGAUUAUCGCGGAGCAUAUCCAAAGCCAGGAUAUCUGCAGACGGAAGAUAAACUCGCGUGUCCGAAGAAGGUGCCGUUAGAUAAGUCGUUCACCAUCGAAGCCGGCCAAUUCGAGCGAAGUAACGAAGAUAACCUUCCCAAAUUUAAAGGGGAAGCAGAAGUUUGGCCGUUGUUUAUCAGCAGUUUCGAGUACACGACUGCAGCUUGCGGAUUCUCAAACCUCGAGAAUUUGAAGCGUUUGCAGGACUGUCUACAGGGUGACGCACUUGAGGCGGUCAGGAGUCGGCUAGUGCUACCGGACUCUGUUCCGGAUGUGAUCAGGGAUCUUCGAAAUCUGUUCGGAAAACCGGAGAAGCUGCUCAGAACGUUGCUGUCGAAGGUGAGGAACGCGCCGUCACCGAGAGCUGAUCGUUUGGAGACGUUCAUCAGCUUCGGGAUAACGGUGAAGCAGUUAUGCGACCACCUUGAAGCGUCAGGACUUUGUGACCACCUAAACAAUCCGAUGCUGGUGCAGGAGUUAGUUGACAAGUUGCCACCGAGCUACAAACUGGAUUGGGUCCGGUAUAAGCGAGGGAAGGUGGACAGUCCGUUGCGAAUGUUCACGAACUUCACAAAUGACAUCGUUUCGGAUGUGUCGGAGGUGACGGAGUUCUCGACAUUGUCGCUAGGCGAGCGUGAGCCUUCGCGAAUGGGGAAAGGAAAUUCCCGAAAGAAGGAGUUUGUACAUCUCCAUGACGCGGACCAGGUUUCUGAUGAAAUUCAAAGAGAGACAGUAACUAAGCCGUGCUGGAUCUGUAAACGAACGGAUCAUCUCAUCAGGUGCUGUGAGGAGUUUAAGCGGAUGAACAUUGCCGCCAGGUUGAGAGAGGUUGAGCGACAAAACCUGUGUGGUCUUUGUUUGAACAAGCACGGAAACAGCAGAUGCACCUCGAAGAUUCGAUGCUUCAUGCAAAAUUGUCGUGGAGGCCAUCAUCCACUUUUGCAUCGAGUGGAGGAAUCGGUGCGGCUGCAGAAGGUAGAAUGCAAUGCUACCGAAAAGGCAGAUAGUGCGGUUAUUUUCCGUAUGAUGCCGGUGACGCUUUACGUGGGCAAACGACAGUUCGAUACUACUGCGUUCUUCGACGAAGGGUCGUCGGCUACGUUGGUAGAUGAUCUGGUGGCCAGGCGGCUGAAAGCAGAAGGUACUCUAGAGCCGUUGAUAGUGACGUGGACGGGCAAUAUCAACCGCUUUGAGAACGAUUCGAGGAAGGUCGAACUGAUGAUGUCGGCGAAGGGUUCGAAGGAGAAGUUUCCGCUGUUCAACACUCGAACGGUAUCAGAGUUGGUGCUGCCGAAGCAGAACGUGCGAUUCGCAGAUGUGGUAAAAAAAUCUUGCAGGCGUUCCGAUAACGUCCACUUAUUUGCGCCGUUGGAGUCGCGGGUCGGUAAGCCAAACGAACCGAUUGCCGUGCGGUCGAAGAUUGGUUGGACAGUGUAUGGUUCGGAGAACCGAAGACCGAGUGCGUACACCUACCUGAAUCUGCACUCGAUCGUUCCAGCAAGCAAUCAAGGUCUCCAUGACAUGAUGCGAGAGCAAUACAUGCUAGAUGAGACAGCGAUUGCGACGUUCGCUGUACCGGAGCCCGUGGAGGAGAAAAGAGCUCGAGAGAUGCUUGAGACAACGACGAAGCGAGUGGGUGAUCGCUUCGAAACGGGGUUGCUGUGGCGUGAGGACGCACAACGAUUCCCUGACAGCUAUCCGAUGGCUGUACGCCGGAUGAAGGCUCUGGACCGUAAGCUGAACAGGAAUUCAGACUUGAAGAAAAACGUGUGCCAGCAGAUCGAGGACUAUCAAGUCAAACACUACGCGCACAAGGCGAGUGAAGCCGAACUGAAGGGUACGCCACAAACCGCUGUGUUUGGUUUGGUUUGGGAUGCUGCAGCAUCAGUGAACGGAGUCUCUCUUAACUCAGAGUUACUCAAAGGUCCGGAUAUGCUAGUUCCGCUUCCCAGAGUAAUCUGCAAUUUUCGGGAACGGCCAGUAGCAUUCGGUGGUGACAUUCAAGAAAUGUACCAUCAGAUCCGGAUCAGACCUGAGGAUAGGCAAGCGCAACGGUUUUUGUUCCGAGCGAACAGUGAGGAAGCUCCGCAGGUGUACGUUAUGGACGUUGCCACCUUUGGUUCCACGUGUUCGCCCUGCUCAGCUCAAUUUGUGAAGAACUUGAAUGCAGCAGAUUUCUCGGAGAAGUACCCUGAAGCAGUAGAAGCCAUCGUGAAGCGUCACUACGUAGAUGACUACUACGACAGCGUGGAUACUAUCGAAGAAGCGAGCCAAUUUCUCGAACAAAUAGGAGAAAGGAGUGUCGAUUCCGCAGUGCAUUUCAACUGGGACAAGAACACCGAAUACGAGCGUGUGCUAGGCGUCGUUUGGGACCCGGUUGGAGACGAGUUCCGUUUUGCGACCGAAUGGAAAGCAGAGUACAACAAGGUUUUCCUAGAGGAAAAACGCCCGACGAAAAGAAUUGUUCUGAGCAUUGUGAUGGCGCAAUUCGAUCCAGCAGGAUUUCUUGCUCCAGUUACAAUUCUCGGGAAAAUGCUGGUUCAGGAUCUGUGGCGGACAGGCUGCGACUGGGAUGACGCAAUCGAUGAGCUGUCGUUCAGGAAGUGGUUGCGGUGGACCAACAUUCUCGCAGACGUGCCAGUGUUUAAGCUACCUCGAAGCUAUUUCGGAACUGCGAGAUCAGAUGAGGUCGAAGAAGUCCAGCUUCACAUCUUUGCUGAUGCCAGCGAGACGGCGUACGGAUGUGUGGCAUACUUCCGUGCAAUCGUACGGGGUAAGGUGGUGUGUUCGCUAGUGAUGAGUCGAGCGAAGGUAGCACCGUUGAAGCAGCUGUCGAUUCCGCGGCUAGAACUCCUGGCAGCGGUUCUUGCGGCAAGGCUGGCACGAACGAUCGAGCAGAAUCACAACUUCACGAUCAGUAGAGUGGUGUUCUGGAUUGACGCAGAAGUGGUGCUGUCCUGGAUUCGGUCGGAUCAGCGCCGCUACAAGCAAUUUGUUGGUUUUCGCAUUGGCGAAAUUCUUAGUUUGACUAAACUGACAGAUUGGCGAUGGGUUCCGACGAGAUUGAACGUGGCGGAUCUGGUAACCAAAUGGGGUAAAGGUCUGGAGAUACACCCCAACAGCCCGUGGGCAACAAUUUUUGUACGACAGUGUGGAAAAGUGGCCGAAGAGAGAAUUACCUCCAGCUAA